CUGCAGCUGCAAUGUUGGACAUGUUGGGUUGUGGUGAGAGUGACAGUUCUCAACAGGAAAUGACUACUGUAACAGUAGUCAAUCUCAGGUUGUUAUACAUUGAUGCCUUCUGUAUUCCAGAAAAUUAUUUGAAACAGUCUUCCACACAACAGUCUGGUUGUUAGUUAGUUUCUACCAGAAAGUUAUUUAACUGUUGUAAUUUUAUGUAGUAAUCAGUGCUUUUUUGCUAUGAUUUACCAGUUUUUUGCUCUGCAAAGAAAACAUGUGACUGCACACACACUGAAAACAUAACGAUUCCUACAAUGGUUCCGGACGGCAUAGACGUGACGUGUCUCAACGAGACUGUCGACUGGAGCAAAGUGAAGGCUGCCGGAAUCAAAUUUGCAAUAGCCAGAGCCACACAAGGGGCCAAUUUUGUGGACAACAAAUUCGUAGAGAACUUCAAUGGAAUGAAGAGUAACGGAAUAAAGGCAGGCGCGUACCACUACUUCGAGGCUGACCAGUCUGUGGAUCGCCAGGUCGCUAGGAUACAGGCGACUUUGAAAAAAGUGGACUUUGACGCAACCGAUGAUGUGUUGGCUAUUGUUUUAGAGAGGAGAUUCCCUCCGCCAAUUCCCCCAGAUGUGAUCGCGGAUAACUUACAAGGAGUUUUGACUGCCCUUGAAAAAACCUACAAGAAACUCUACAUCUACUGCGAUCCCAGCCACUGGGAGGAGAAAGUAUCCUGGAAGAAAUACGACUUCAGCCAGUACAACUUAUGGAUAACGAGUUUCACCAAUUUCGCCGCCUCUCCGAAAAUUCCAACGACCUGGAAAGACAAGGGAUACGUGUGGUGGCAAUACUCUAUGUCGGGUACUGUGGACGGUGUAGAAGGCUUUGUUCAUGUGAACAAGAGCAAAUAAUCUUAAGCAUUUGUGUAAUUAACAAAAUAUUUGAAACUAUCAAAACGAUAUAUUAAAAAACAUUAAUUUAUCUCUACGCAUUUUACAUUUAAUUUUCUACAUUUUUUAUUGUAUUUCCAAUAAUUUUUGGAAUUUAUCGGUAUAGUCUUAUGAUAGUAGUUCUAAGGACAAUUACGUGAUACAAGAAGUAAAUAUUGGUGUGUCUGUUAUUCAUAGUUUACCAGUCAUUGUAAUUAUUGUUCUUACAAUGCAAUAGUAGUUCUGAGGUUAAUUACAUAAUACAAGAAGUAAACAUUGGUGAUGUGUAUUAUUCAUAGUUUACCAGGAAUGAAUAAUUUACCUUAUUGCCUUGAACAUUAAAGAUACAAUGUAUUACAUAAUACAAGAAGUAAACAUUA